UGGAAAACGGGGGGAGGAUGGAACGGCUUGCCCUUAACAAAGAUGGCUACCGGCUCGCCCGCGGCCCUUGUGCCCACCUGCGGGCUCGGCAUGACGGAGGCUACAGCUCCCGCCCGCGCCCGCGCCCGCUGGGAGCUGCUGAGCCAGGUUCUGAAGAAAAAGCAGCUGAAGAAUGCAAAUCUUCAACAAGUAUCUGUUAGAAGGUUUGCAUCAUUCAAUCUCUUUUCAAGAGGACGAGACAGCAAAAGGAUUACAGAAGAGGAGACCGAGACUUGGGUUCAGUACAAAAGCAUCUUUUACCCUGAGUAUAGUAUCUACUUAAGAUUGAACGAUGGACUUUUAAAUGUGGAAGAUGUUCUUACAAGUUUUGACAACACAGGGAAUGUCUAUGGAAAAGAGCACCAUCAGGAUUUACUAUCCAUCUGUAGAAACAGCCGCAGGGCUCCUUUUCUUUUGGGGAUAAGGAAGGCCAGAAACAGGGGUACCUCUCCUUUGUGUAGUAAAAAGUACGGCAGUAUCUGGCCUUCUGAAGAGGUGCUAGCUUACUAUUGCCUGAAGCACAAUCAAAUAUUCAGGGACCUUGCUGUGUGUGAGCUAGGGGGUGGCAUGACAUGCUUGGCUGGGCUCAUGGUUGCUAUUUCUGCAGAUGUCAAAGAAGUUCUGUUAACUGAUGGAAAUGAAAAGGCCAUCAAAAAUGUGAGUGACAUCAUCAGAAGGAACCAAAACGAAGGAGUAUUUAAGGCUCAAACCAUAUCAAGCUGCGUUUUACGAUGGGAUAAUGAGACAGAUGUCUCUCAACUGGAAGGACAUUUUGACAUUGUUAUGUGUGCUGACUGCCUGUUUCUGGACCGGUACAGAGCUAGCCUUGUUGAUGCAAUAAAGAGAUUACUCCAGCCCAGUGGAAAAGCAAUGGUAUUUGCUCCACUCAGAGGGAAUACUUUAAACCAGUUUUGCAAUCUAGCUGAAAAAGCUGGUUUCUCUAUCCAAAGACAUGAAAAUUAUGAUGAACACAUUUCGAACUUCCACUCCAAGUUGAAAAAUGAAGAAAAAGAUACAUAUGAGGAAAACAUCCAUUACCCCUUUCUUCUUGUUUUAACCAAACAUGGAUAGAAGAUGAAAUAAUUUCUAAGAUGACAAAUGCAAAUUAAUUUUAUGUGUGAUUUUUUUUUCAGAAUAGUUAUUAUAAAAAUAUAAUUUUAGUGGCAACAACAUAUCAUGGUUUUCUUGAUUUACCACAAUGAGGAACCCUCAAGACAGAUUGUUAUAUCAUUUUUAGAACUUAUUUUCCCCUACCUUUUGAAAAGAACUUCAAAUGUACAUUGAAGCUCUAAAUCGGUUUUUUCUUUUCCAUUAUGCCCUUCAGUUUGUAUGCGGGUUUUUUUGUUAAUCUCUCUAAACACAAAUUUUUGGUUGUUUUUGAAAAUAUGUAAAUAAUAUGUUUUUGUAAUUGCUGAUUGGUUGUAAAGUGCUAAGGCUUUGUCAUGGAGUUAAGGAGGAAAUGGGUUUUUUUAGAUUUUUAAAAAGUGUCCAUAUCACAUCUGAGGAUCUUUCUUUUGCCUCUCCUGAAAUUUCUCUGUUGAUUUUUCUGCCAUACAAAAUUGAAAUGCCCUAACUUGUCUCAGCAAUUACUUAAUUUUUUUUGCAACAGGAUUUUUUUUCUGCAUAGAUGUAUAAGAAAUUAUGUACCAGACAAAAGCCUCAUAAACUGACCAUUUGUCCUUUGGACACAAUAGCUUGCCCAGCCCUCUGCUCCUCCUCUCCAAUUAUGUGUGAUUAGUCUCAGUGUGUUGUGUCAAGAAGGGGGAGUGUGCUGAGUGCUUAUUAUCUGUUUAGGUACAAGAAGAGCACAUUUAGGCUCUGACUAUGAAUGAAAAGUGAGCCUUUAUCAGGACUAAAAUCUAACUGCUACUGUUCUACAAACCUCUGUUUAAAAAUAGAUCCUUUCUUGGAAAAUUCUGAACAUUAUAGCAACUAAGAGAUUUUUUUUUUAAAUGCAAUCAAGCAAUCAUCUCAUUUAAACUAGGUUUAUACUGUGAUAUACUGUGUGCUCCAGGUAUUUGGCAAACAUUUAAUAUGAUUUAGCUGGUGCUGAGAAAGGGCAAUUGUUCUACAAAGUUCCAUGAACAUAUUUUUUCUGACAGUUUAAUAAAACAUUUUAAUGAUUUCUUGAAA